UGCCGCCGCUACCGCCUCGCGACGAUCGUCAACUUCUUGGCGCUCGGGCUGGAGCCGGGGCGCGACGUGGACUUGGAGCAGCUGGAGCAGAAGAGCUGCCUGGAUGGCUGGGAGUUCAGCCAGGACGUCUACUUGUCCACCAUUGUGACUGAGUGGAAUCUGGCGUGUGAGGAUGAUUGGAAGACGCAGCUCACCAUCUCCCUGUUCUUCGUAGGCGUGCUCCUCGGGUCCUUUAUGUCCGGGCAGCUGUCAGACAGGUUUGGCAGGAAGACCAUCCUCUUCAUAACCAUGGCUGUGCAGACUGGCUUCAGCUUCCUGCAGAUUUUUUCCAUUAACUGGGAGAUGUUCACCGUAUUAUUUGUCAUCGUCGGCAUGGGCCAGAUCUCCAACUAUGUGGUGGCCUUCAUACUAGGAGCAGAAAUUCUUGGCAAGUCAGUUUGUAUUAUAUUCUCUACGUUAGGAGUGUGCACAUUUUUUGCAGUUGGCUACAUGCUGCUGCCACUGUUUGCUUACUUCAUCAGAGACUGGUGGAUGCUGCUGCUGGUGCUGACAGUGCCGGUGCUGUGUGUCCCGCUGUGGUGGGUUUAUUACUGAUCUCCCCGGUGGCUGAUAUCCCAGAGAAGAUUUAAAGAAGCUGAAGAUACCAUCCAAAAAGCUGCAAAAGUGAACAACGUAGCUGUCCCAGUCAUGGUUUUUGAUCCUAUGGAGGUAAACAUAGUUUCUGUGCUUAAGGAGCAGAGAAUUCAUUCUUUUGUCAUUUUUGUCUUUUUUCUCUUGACUUUCAGGAUGCUAACCUCAGUGGGUUACUUUGCUCUGUCUCUCAACACUCCUAAUUUACAUGGCGAUGCCUACCUGAACUGUUUCUUCUCUGCCUUGAUUGAAGUUCCAGCUUACGUUACAGCCUGGCUGCUACUUCAAACCCUGCCCAGGUGUUAUGUCAUAGCUGGAGUACUGCUUUUUGCAGGAGGUGUGCUUCUCUUAAUUCAAUUGGUACCUGCAGAUUACAACUUCUUGUCCAUUGGUCUGGCCAUGUUAGGAAAAUUCGGGAUCACCUCUGCCUUCUCCAUGCUGUAUGUCUUCACUGCAGAGCUCUACCCAACCCUGGUCAGGAACAAGGCUGUGGGGAUCACGUCCAUGGCCUCCAGAGUGGGCAGCAUCAUUGCUCCCUACUUUGUUUACCUUGGUGCUUACAACAGAGUUCUGCCCUACAUCCUCAUGGGAAGCCUGACUGUCCUGAUUGGAAUCAUCACCCUUUUUUUCCCUGAAAGUGGAAUGACUCUACCAGAGACCUUAGAGCAGAUGCAGAAAGUGAAAGGGUUCAGGUUUGGGAAAAAAACAAAAGAUUCCAUGGAGAAAGAAGAAAAUCCCAAAGUUCUAGUAACUUCAUUCUGAUAAAAAUUUCUAUUCUAUUUGGUGGGAGUGAAAAACAGAUUCAUAAGAUUAAGAAGAAACUAGAGCCUUUCCUGAUGAAAUGGACUGAUGAUAAGAAUUAACACUAAAAUGGACCUUGCUGUUGAGUAAUGCUUGUCAUAUAACAAACUCUGGACCACUCUUCCAGAUAAGCUCCUUAUUUUAUAAGCCAAACCAUUUCUAGAGAGUCCUCCUUAGUAAUUAUAAUUAAUUCAAUGAAAUGGGUUUGUAAGAUAUUGUGAAAAUGUGUUGAUCAAAGACUGGUAAAUCCGUAUAAAGAUUAACACUCAUUUCCAAAUACAAAUACUAUCCAAAUAAAAAAAAAUCAUUGUGUUAACGCAACUGUCAGGAGGCAACACGUGUGUGUGUGUGUGUGUAUAAGUGAACAAACACAUUCACAGUCACAGCAGUUUUUGAAAUGAACUCAUAUAGUGGUGUAACCAAAUGAUUAAAUGCAAUAUUCCUACCCAGAAAAUUUUAUACACUCCUUUGAGAGG